UGCUUUUCACGAGUCAAAAUGAAGAACAUCUCCAGUCCUUAUAUCAAUUUUGACUUUGAACACAGAUUCCUGCCUCCUGUUUUCAUCUCAGUAUUCAUCUUUGGUCUGGUGGCUAAUGGAUGGGGAUUGAAGUCUUUGCUGCAGAAAUGGAGGAAACUAAAGAUCAUCAAUGUUUUUGUUCUCAAUCUUGGUUUUGCAGAUAUUUUGUAUCUGCUCACACUCCCAUUUCUGAUGGUGUACUAUUUCAUGAAGAGUAACUGGAUCUUUGGAGUCACAUUCUGCAAGAUAACAAGAUUCUGCUUCAACCUGAAUUUAUAUGGCAGCAUUGGGUUCCUUACUUGUAUAAGUGUGUACAGGUACCUGGCCACUGUCCAUCCAGUGAGAGUGAUGAGAAGAUUAACUGUCACCCACUCUGUGGCUAUCUCAAUCAUGGUUUGGCUGUUGGUGAGCGUUCAAAGUCUCCCUGACAUGUUCUACAUCAAGACAUUUGGAAACACCACUGAAAGUUGCUAUGAUACCACCCAUCAGACAUACGUUGAGGAUUACCUGAAAUACAGCCUCGGAUGGACACUCGCUGGAUUUUGCAUCCCCUUACUCAUCACACUGGGUUGCUAUGGACACAUAGCUAUAGUUUUAUGGACCAGAAAGAGAGUUGACAAGGUACAGAAACAGAGAAGUUUGAAGUUGUUGCUCAUCUUAAUUCUUCUCUUCUCUGUUUGUUACAUCCCCUAUCAUGUACUCAAGAACCUCAACCUCUGGUCAAGAGUUUUAUUAAAACGGCAGAUAUUCUAUAAAUGGUCUAAUACAGUCUACAUAGCUCAUCAGAUAAGUCGUGCACUUGUGUGUCUGAACAGUGUUCUUAACCCUCUGGUUUACCUCCAUGGAAAUGAAGACAUUCCUGCUCAGCUCAGACAGCUGCUCCAGCGAGCUUGUCCCAUGUUCAGCCGUCCGCCUUCAACAAACUCUGGUAACGUGUCGUUGACACAAAUGACCAAUUUGAGUCACUGAGUUUAAUACAUGAAAAAUAUUUUUUUUCCGGUAGCAUGUUACACAUUAGUAUGCAUUUGCAAAAAAAAAAAUGUAGUCAAAAAUAAUAGCUAGAUUUGUAAUUUCAUAUUUGUCCCUCUCACACGUACUGUCUCAGCAGUACUUUGAAUUGCCUUGUUGCUUAAAUUGUGCUGUAUAAAUAUAUGAACUUGCCUUGGCUUGUAUCUUGCUUAGUUUAGUGUUUGCAAUAUGCAGCUUAUGUAACCACCAAACCUCUGAGUUUGCAUAGAUUGUAAGUAAAAUUUCACCAAUCGUGCUAAUAUUUAUUAAUUCAUGUACAAUAUGUAGCAUAAGACAGUUAACA